AUGGACAGACCCACAGCUGGGGAUAAAGCCACGCUCAUCUGCCCCAGCUAUGUGGAUGGAACUGACACUGAUUAUUACACAUUAUUCGGGCUAGAAGCUAUCAUGGAACGACUUGACGGCGGAAUUAGAUACGACCUAGGCCGGGACUUCCUUGGCUCAGCUAGGCUAAACCUGCAGCAUUAUUUGUGGAAAGACACGCUCAAUUACGAUAUCCAUCCCAGCAUUCCCGUCGCGCACGAUCACCUGCGUAUUGCCGACGUAGGAACUGGCACCGGGAUUUUCUUACUUGGCCUAUGCCGGCGUCUUCCUCCUUCAACCUCUUUCCAAGGACUUGAUGUUUCGGCUGAUCAAUUCCCGAAUGCCGAAUGGACCCCUGCCAAUGUCAGCUUUAGAAAGGUUGAUGCCAUGCAAGACCCGCCUGCUGAUCUGCAAGGCAAAUUUGACAUCGUACAUCUCCGGCUAUUUACAUGCGUAGUGGAGAACGACGAUCCACUGCCAAUCCUCAGCCACUGUCUUAGUCUCUUGAAACCUGGUGGUUAUCUACAAUGGGAUGAGUAUGACUCAGGCACCACCGGAGUUAUCGGAAGCACUCCCGGCGCUCCGACUCAGCUGCUCAAUUCCAUGCUGCAAGCAAUGGGUAGCAACAGACCUCUAAGUUUUCCCGACAAUAGCUGGAUUCCACGGUUAGAUGACCUCUUCCGCGCUCAGGGCAUGCAAUCUGUUCAGAAAAUAUCUACCCGGCCCCCGCCAGAGCUUCUCAAAGCUUACACGGAGAUGUUAUUGGUUGCACAUCUGGAACAUGCCUCUCUUCACGAUGCGGACGGCGCCAGCGUAGGGGGCGACCGAUUGCGCAAAUUAAUCGGACAAGGUGCCGAGGAGAUGAAGAAGGGCGGUGCUUUCAAUCACAUGCUGCAAGUGGUGGUAGGUAGGAAACCUUGUGUGUUCUCGGAAGGUUCCGGGGAAAAGUCGUCUUGA